UCCCACCAUCCCCCCCCCCCCUACAUCUGACGUGUCCUGCGAGAGCUGUGCCUCUUAUAUAAGACACGUGCGGAGACUCACGAGUUAGGUUCACGACCACACACACACAGAAUCCCCGAAGAUGUACAUCGCCGCCCUCCUCGUCUGCCUGCCCGCCCUGGUCUUCUGCCAGACCCCAGACCUUGACGCCAUCGCCGCGGGAGCUUUCACGCGCAUGGACGUCAACAAGGACGGAAAAAUUCUCAGACCAGAGAUAGACGAGUACUUCAAGACAUACGACGCCAACGGCGACAGCCGCAUCAGCAGACACGAGUACUCCACCCAGGUCGACGCCGACUGGGCCCACGAUCCACAGACCAACCACGUCCUCCACAGCCUGUUCGACAGUCUCGACACCAACAACGACAACCACCUGGACACACCUGACUACGACAAGCUGUUUGCCGCAGCUGAUGGUGAUGCCAACGGUCAGGUUCUGGAGCCAGAGUUCGCCAGAUAUUUCAAAUCUAUUCUUGGACCAGCCAUUGGUAAAUAAACAAAAAUAAAAAAUCAUCAUUUUUUUAAAGAAACAA